GUCCUUGGGUUCACCAUUACCACGACCAGUCUAAUCACAACCUAACACAUUCAACUCACCGCUUGGGGCACAAAGCUCACCUCGGCCCACGACCUUUUGCAGGGCUUUCUGGGAGUCUUCGAGUCCUACUCUUUUAGAUGCAAUCAAUCAACCGUUUUCUGUAUGGACCUACCCCGGAUGAAAGAAUCCGAGCAUGGCAGACAAAGCUGCGUUCUGAACAACGUCUAUUGGAGCGGGAAAUGAGGCAGCUUGACAUGGCCACGAACAAGGCUCGCCAAACCGUGAAACAGCUAGCUACCAAAGGAGAUGUCAAAUCUGCACGUAUACUCGCACGGGAGGUGGUCCGCAGCAAUAAACAGAAAGACAGACUUUCAGUGAGCAAAGCAAGAUUGGGUUCAAUUAGCCAUCAGCUUGCGCAACAGCUAGCCAUGGCGAAGGUCACAGGAUCAUUACAGAAAUCUACGGAAAUUAUGAAACUUUCCAACACUCUCAUUCGACUACCCCAGAUUAGUCAAACGAUGCGUGAGAUGAGUAUGGAGAUGACGAAAGCUGGUAUCCUUGAAGAAAUGAUGGAUGAUACCCUCGAGAUGGAAGAAGACGAGGAGCUGGAGGAGGAAGCCGAUGCUGAAGUUGACAAGGUUCUCUUUGACCUUACGGAAGGAAAGCUCGGACAGGCUGGCACUGUACGAACCGAACUACCUACAUCCAAAGAGAGACUGGAAGACGAGGAGACAGAGAGAGCGAUGGAGAAAUAUCGACUCGAGUUGAAUGGUUUACUCAGCGGAUGAUCUCUAGGAUGGUUCUUGAAGCUUCAGAGGGUUCUUGUAUAUCUUGCAUACUAUGAGGAUGGACUAGAUGUAUCCAUGAUUUUCCGUGUUUACUUUGUACGAAUAUAUUACAGGAUUUCAUCACAUCACACGGACCCACA